AUGCCUGCUUCCGACUCCCUUCAGCCUCCUCUUAACCCCACUGAGCGGGCGAUCGUCAAUUCAUACGGGGGUUGGACGAUGUUCCUGGCUUCUUUUGGGCUCAAGGCUACGAACGAUACUGACGCGGAGGAGGGGAAGCGUAUCCUGGAGAGCCUUUGUCAGGUGUGA